GUUGGCUUGAUUCCCCUCUGAUGUCGGACGACUGGGUGUCUCUGGUCCUGGUGGCCCUUGUGCUCGUCCUCUCUGCGUGGAUGCUGUCACGACCACAACAUAAUGCGGGUCAAGGUUCGCUCAACCGACAAUCGCCGCAGGAUCCAUCAGCGUCGGCGCGAGCGGGCCAUUGCAAGGCGAUUGUGACUGAGUCGCUCACGCCCACACAAAAGAAAUUGCAUGCUCACUUGCCUCUCAAAGCAGGUGUGCGGCCCAUUUGUCUCGCGGGAAAUGUCCUUCUAGACAGCCCCACGUCCCGUACCUUUGCGGAGGCUGCCAUCGCCAUCGUCGUCGACUUGAUCGCAGUCUCGGACCUAUUCUUGUUGUUCCACGUCCAAAGCGAGGCGGACAAGCGCGACAUCCUGCAUGCCGUCAGUCAAGUGCCUCAAUUCGCAUGGCACCCCGCGACCCAGACUGGUUUACAGGUGCACAAGAUCCUCUUUUGCUCCACCGUCGCGGGCAAGAUUGCCCUGGUCCGUCAAAUCGAGCCCGUGGUACACGUAGAAGGCAAUCAAGAUGUUGCCAUCGGCCUGCGUCCGUUCCUUCCUUCGAUUGUGUUGCUCGGUACAGGCGGUGCGCUUCCGCCUUCGACGUCGUCCACGGCCCGAGACUCCAUCCAGUUACACCCGUCGCUGGAAGCGUAUUACAUGUCCAUAACGGCAUAAUAAAAUUAGCUCUUCUCUAUUUCACUCCACCUACUUCCCUGGAUCCUUUUGCAUGCACUGUCCUCGCCGUCCUAUGGCCCAUCGUCCUCCCGUUCCUUCGCAGUCCGUCGCCGCCGCACGCGAAGGAAUUGCUUGUCCAGACGACACACUUCCUCCAACGUACCCAGCACAUGCUCCAACAGUCGACAGCAGUGCCCCAGCGGAUGCACCACGCCAUACUCUUCUGGCCGCGCCUCCACGACUCGGGUUACCUCCACC